GCUCAGAUUCCAGCUCCCAGAAGCAUUAUGUGAUGGAGGAAUUUGAUCCAAAGCUUUUUGUUGACACAUAUUGCUCCCCCCGUUUUGACCAGGGUGUUUUUGAAGACACAGCUUUAAUUCCAUUUAAACUACUAACUACUGAGUUGUCUAAAGGACAUAUUAAAGGUGAAACCUUGAUUUGCAUGCCGCCUGGCACCAUUAUUAUACUCCUUAUUCCAUUGGCAGAGUGCUUUAAUGACAUCACCGUGUUAGAAUUCAAUGACGCUAGCAUAAAGGAAUUGGAGAAAUGGACAACUACUCAUGACGAUGCCUAUGAUUGGUCUCACACAUUUAAUACUAUAGCAGAUUUUGAAGGCAAAGGUGAGGACUGGAAGAAAAGGGAAGAAAACCUUAAAAAAUCAAUUAAAAAAAUUCGGAAAUGUGAUCUCACCAAAGAAAAUCUAACUGACCCAGUUACUCUUCCAAAAGUCGACUGUUUAUAUAUUGGUAGUACCCUAGGAAUGAUGUGCAAAAGUCGAGAUGAAUUUUCCACAAGCAUGAAGAAGAUCUCAAGGUGGCUAAAACCAGGUGGCCAUCUGAUAUUAUAUGUUUUGUUAAAUGGUGAAUUUUACACGGUUGGGGAACACCAAUUCCACUAUCUAACACUGGAUGAAGAGUUUCUAAAAAAAAUUCUCAAGGACAUGGGGUACAAGAUUGAAACCAUGGAGCUGAUUGAAAAUAAAUCAAAGCAUGAGGCUGUAUCUUAUGAUCACAUGGCAUUUAUAACUGCCGUCAUGCAAUGAGAUUUAAAAAAAAACACAUUAACCAGUAUAACAAUGUGUCUUGGGUGGGAUGGGCAUAAAUGUGCAGCCCUUCUUACAUUUUGCUAAUAUUGUGCAAGAUUUAAUUAUUGCUAACAGUGACUUUGGUGGCUACAAUAAAUUGUAAUGAAGUA